CAGAAAAUUUCCUGCAUUGUUCAUGGAGUUUUUCAUCAGUAUGUCUGAAACUAUUAAAUAUAAUGACGACGAUCACAAAACUGUGUUCCUGAAAACAUUAAAUGAACAACGUUUGGAAGGAGAAUUUUGUGACAUAGCUAUUGUGGUUGAAGAUGUUAAAUUCAGAGCACAUAGGUGCGUGCUUGCUGCCUGCAGUACCUACUUCAAAAAGCUUUUCAAAAAACUGGAAGUUGAUAGUUCAUCAGUAAUAGAAAUAGAUUUUCUUCGUUCUGAUAUUUUUGAGGAAGUUCUCAAUUACAUGUAUACUGCAAAGAUUUCUGUUAAGAAAGAGGAUGUAAAUUUGAUGAUGUCUUCAGGCCAGAUUCUUGGUAUUCGAUUUCUGGAUAAACUCUGCUCUCAGAAGCGUGAUGUAUCUAGUCCUGAAGAGAACACACAGUCCAAGAGCAAGUACUGUCUAAAAAUAAACCGUCCUAUGGGGGAACCUAAUGAUACCCAAGAUGAUGAGGUGGAAGAAAUUGGAGAUCACGAUGAUAGUCCAUCAGAUGUGACGGUGGAAGGAACUCCCCCAAGUCAGGAAGACGGAAAAUCACCUACCACUACCCUGAGAGUGCAAGAAGCGAUUCUGAAAGAGCUGGGAAGUGAAGAGGUUCGAAAAGUAAACUGCUAUGGCCAAGAAGUAGAGCCUAUGGAAACAACCGAAUCAAAAGACUUAGGAUCUCAGACCCCUCAGGCUUUGACAUUUAAUGAUGGCAUAAGUGAAGUGAAAGAUGAACAGACACCCGGCUGGACCACAGCAGCUGGGGAUAUGAAGUUUGAGUAUUUGCUUUACGGUCACAGGGAACACAUUGUAUGUCAGGCUUGUGGUAAGACCUUUUCUGAUGAAGCGCGAUUGAGAAAACAUGAAAAGCUACACACUGCUGAUAGACCGUUUGUUUGUGAAAUGUGUACAAAGGGCUUUACCACGCAAGCUCAUUUGAAAGAGCACCUGAAAAUACACACAGGUUACAAGCCUUACAGUUGCGAGGUAUGUGGAAAGUCUUUUAUUCGUGCACCAGAUCUAAAAAAGCACGAAAGAGUUCACAGUAAUGAGAGGCCAUUUGCAUGCCAUAUGUGUGAUAAAGCUUUCAAGCACAAGUCCCACCUCAAAGACCAUGAAAGAAGACACCGAGGAGAGAAACCUUUUGUCUGCAGUUCCUGCACUAAAGCAUUUGCUAAAGCAUCUGAUCUAAAAAGGCAUGAGAACAAUAUGCACAGUGAAAGAAAACAGGUUACUACAGCCAAUUCCAUCCAGAGUGAAACAGAACAGUUACAGGCAGCAGCUAUGGCUGCUGAAGCAGAGCAGCAAUUAGAAACUAUAGCUUGUAGUUAAAAGCAGAAACUUUAUCAGAAGUAAUAUAAGAAAUUAAAUUGAACAAAAUCUAUUGUUGGUAUACGUUUAGACUGAGAAUUAUCUUUUCAAGAAAACAUAUUUUUAGAGGAUUUGAAUGCUACAUAGGAACACAUAGCAUUGCUUGGUUAGGUAUUUUAAAGUAUUUCAGAGAUGGGUAUUCUUAGAAUAAGAAAUAGUUUUGUUGUCAUUAGCAGUAUAAUGCACUAAUACCUGAUUUAAUUUGAGAAUAUGAUCAAGUUCUCGAUAAAACAGGAAUCAUCACCGGCUGAUGUUUUGUUUCAUCCAGUAUGGAAUACUGCAUACGGUGUAGACAUCGAAAUCAGUGAGUUAUGUUUGAAAACGCUGAGAUCUCAGAAAAUAACAAACAUGGAAAGGAAAUACUUGGUUUUCAUAAGCGUGAAGGUGUUAUACCUACAAUUUUUGAGAAACAGACAUUGAUUCCCUAAGCUUUUUAAUUCCUCCUUUUUUCACCUAAUGUACAUGCUAGAGGUUGGUACAACAGAGUGUGAGGGGGAACAGUGAUCAAAAUGAAAUUGCUUGUUAUCCCAUUCCCUCAGAUAUCCUCUUAUUUUAAUCAAGGUGAUAAGUUUAAUGAAAUACUUGCUUUCCUUAAAAAACUGACCACUAUUCACAGUGGUCCUGGCUGGCAAAGCAGAAGGGUCGUGGCACUCACCAGUCCCUUCUGUGGGGAAAAGAGCCUGCCUCCUUUGUUUCUAUGUUCACGCUUAUGCAGGCCCCCGGAGAUGGGACAGAGCCACAAAGGAGAAAGGGUGCAGCGUAGAGAAGGAGACAUCUUCCUUACUCGGACGCAGUAGAAAUUACUUAAAGCUAAUACAGCCUGAGGCUGUAGUUUUUAUUAUGCAGCUUUCAGUUCACCUAGCCUAGCACAGUGAAGGCAGAGGAGCGUUUCUGGCAGCACAGGAGGAUUAGCUGCACUGGCGAGUGACCGGGUGUCACUGCCGGACCUCUGCAGUUGCAGAGCACAGCCAUAAGCUAUCGCGUACCUGCCCGCAGUGUUCAGGCUGGGUUUUGUGUCAUGGCUGGUCAUACCAGCUAAUAGGUCCCGUUCAAGUUUAAAAACUUCUGCCUUCUGACACACCACCUCUCAGCAAGAGGGAGACUUCAGUGAGUGACUUCAGUCAUAAUUGAUCCAGAAUCAGUGUUCACUAAUAGUCUGUUACUUAGAGUUGCCUGGGUUUUUUUCAGACAAGCUGGGGUAGAUGCUGCUAAUUUAACUGUUAACUCACAGAGUCAACAAAGUAAGUGGUCUUUGGAUUGCAGUCUGCUACGUGUAGUCAACAAGAGAAGACACAAUAACAGUGGUAAUGUAAUCCAAAGGGAUAUCGAGCCUUUAUUUUGAAUUUGUAAAUACAACUGUUGUCAAAACUUCAUUUGAAGUUGGAAUGGGCAAAAAAACGCACUCUUGGGCACGUGGUUGGAUAACAUUGGUCACUUGCGAUACCUAUAGCAUAUGAAAGUGUUAGACCAGUUUCUGGUAAGUUACUGUGUGGUAGAUCACAUCUUGCUUUUCUAAAUAGAAAUUGAAAAUAGUGUUUUUGGAACUGUUAUAUGGAACUUUGAUUAUUGGUUUUUUGUUUGAUUGGGGUUUUUUACAGCUUCAUUUUAUUCAUGUACUCAUCAGGUUAAGCAGUUAUCUUAAAAUGCCAAUAAUUGUUUGAAAGCUGGUCUGUAAAUAAAACAUGAACUUAAUAUUUUAGAAAAUGUAAACUUUGGACCUUUACCAAUAUAUUUUUUUAAAAUGUUACUUCAUUUUACAUUCAGUAAUAUUAGUUUGUAAACAAACUAUACAUUUUGUAUCUGUGCAGCAUCAGAGGAUGUGUAUUCAUUGCAUUUUAUUGGUUCUCUUGAGGAACAUGAUAAAUGACCAUUGUUAAAAUGUUUUA